AUGUCGCCGCCCCAAACUUCUGAGGAUACUGAUCAAGAAGAUCACAACUAUCAGGAUAUUGCAUCUCUCUGUCCUCCAUUAUUUUACCCCUCGAACAGAUGUACAACUAGAACAGACAUCGAUGACAACGGCUCCAUCGGCAUUGACAUCAAACAAUCCAAUACGGUAUUCUCCGACCAUCUCGCUCCUCAUGUCCAGGCCCAGCUACAACAAGCAAUACAUGCAGACGACGCUCGUCUAGAGAGACCUUCGCUCCCAGGAGUCUCGGCCGAAAUUUCACAGCACCCGUUACACCUGAAUAUUGUGAUCCAGGUCGUUGGAUCGAGAGGCGACAUCCAGCCUUUUGUGGCACUUGGGAAAACACUUCGAGAAAUUUACGGCCAUCGCGUGCGCAUUGCUACUCAUGCAGCCUUUAAGUCAUUGGUGCAACGAGAAGGAUUGGAGUUCUUUUGCAUUGGUGGCAAUCCGGAGGCACUGAUGAAAUUCAUGGUCAAGAACCCCGGCUUGCUACCACACUACGAAGCCCUGCGCAGCGGCGAUGUAUUAAAGCAACGAAAAUGUCUCUAUGAAGUUCUCAAGGGUUGUUGGAGAUCCUGCAUCGAGGCAGGGGAUGGAAUGGGACCACGGCCGAGAAACGAAGACUACGCUGGUCUAAGAGAGUGGAGUUCCACUGAAACGAAUGCAAAGCCAUUCGUUGCAGAUGUUAUCAUUGCGAAUCCACCUAGUUUUGCUCAUGUACAUUGUGCAGAAAGGUUAGGAAUUCCGUUGCAUCUCAUGUUCACGAUGCCAUGGACGCCAACGCAGGCGUUUCCCCAUCCACUCACCACUCUACGCUCUUCCAACGUAGAUAGAGGAUUGGCCAAUCUGAUAUCUUACUUUCUCGUGGAAAACAUCAUCUGGCACGGUCUGGGGGAUGUCAUAAAUCUAUUCCGAUGGCGAUGUCUCCAUUUGGAGCCGCUGAGCAUAAUGUGGGCUCCAGGAAUAAGCCAACGACUUCGCCUGCAUUUCACUUAUGCUUGGUCUCCAGCUUUGCUGGCAAAGCCUCCUGAUUGGGGCCCCAAUAUCUCCGUUGCUGGAUACUUCCAGCUCCCGCCGCUGGCUUCUCCUCCAGAAGUCCCAGAUGAAUUAUUGCGGUUUCUUGCGGAUGGUCCUCCACCGAUAUAUAUAGGCUUUGGUUCGAUUGUCGUGAGAGACCCCGGUGCUAUGACGAAAAUCAUAUUUGAUGCCAUUGCAGAGGCGGGCGUGCGGGCGAUAGUUUCCGUCGGAUGGGCUGGUCUUGGAGGCGAAGAUAUCCCCCAGGAUGUUCACCUGAUAUCUGACAUUCCGCACAGUUGGCUUUUUGAGCGAGUUUCCGCCGUUGUACACCAUGGAGGGGCGGGAACCACUGCAGCCGGUCUGAUGGCUGGCAAACCAACCGUGAUCAUACCGUUCUUUGGUGACCAGCACUUUUGGGGCAAAAUAGUCGCGCAAACGGGCGCGGGACCGAGACCGAUUCCAUACAAAGCAUUGACGGCAAAGGCGCUGGCCGCAGCGAUAAGCCAGGCAUUACUUCCGCCCAUGGUCGCCACCGCUCGAUGCCUGAGUGACCAGAUCAGACAUGAGCACGGAUGUGAAACUGGUGCUGAAAUCUUCCACGCUAAACUGCCGUUGUCGAAGCUCCGGUGCUCGGUCGUCCCACAUCAUGCAGCGAUCUGGAAAGUCAAAAGGACGCAAAUACGGCUGUGUUCUCUCGCGGCGACAACUCUCUGCAAAGAAGGGCUACUGCAAAAAGAUGAUCUCGAAUUAUAUCGAUCCCAGGAAUAUGAGCUGGAAGGUGGCCCCUGGGACCCGAUCUCAGGGACUAUCACCACGUUACUCGGCGCCUUUGGGAGGUUGACGCAAGAGUUUGUCGACUUGCCAAUUCACCUUGUGCAGACGUUUCAGCCACCCAAUCCCGAGCACCAAGGGCCUUGCGGCCUGUUCCCUGAAGGCGACGGCAUAUCCCAUGCAGACGAGCCUCGGAGUCCAGGCACAACCUCUUCAGCGACGUCCCCAAAGCCCAGCGCCACUCUUUCUGCAGCAGACAAAGCUGCCCAACGCCAUAAUUCCCGUCACUUUGGUGUCCCCGAAUCGUUUCGAAGGCGACUGCUCAAGAAACAGCUGGAAGCGGAACUGUGUGGCUCCUUUGGCCGUCGAGCAUCUUUGCGGCGUCACCAGCAUGACCACCAUUUUCUUCAUAAAGGAGGACCAAAGGCCCUUCUUCAAACCAUCCGAGACAUCUCUCUCGACGUAUCAUCCAACAUCGCCUCAUCAUUCGCAAAUAUCGCCGGGGCUGGACUGGGCUUCCCCGUCACUUUAACCAUGUCACUUGCACUGGGAUUCCACAACGCGCCCAAGCUGUACGGCGACCGGACCGUCCGGCCACCGCCUUCCACACACGUCACCAAUUUCACACGGGGUCUGAAGAAUGGCUUGCAUGAGUUUUGGAACGAGAUGUCCGACGCUGUUACGGGCAUCAUAUUUCUCCCCCUCCACGGAGCGAGGGACGAUGGGAUUGUGGGUUUCACCAGAGGUAUCGGGAUGGGGGCAGGCGGGCUCGCGCUCAAACCAAUGGCGGCAAUCUUUGGGUUUCCAGCAUACACGCUAAGUGGAUUACAUAAGGAGCUGCAGAAGCGCAAUAUUCUGGAUUUCACGGCGUAUAUCGAUGCGGCGAGGACAGCACAGGGGAGGGAUGAGUGGGACAGGGCCACGGAUGAGGAGAAGAAAGAGAUCAUCAAGCGUUGGGGAGAACUUGUCCGAGACCAUGUGGAGGGUCAAAAGUCCAAAAGGGCGACAUUGUGGAACCGCCGUUCAGUCUUUUAG